AUGGCUGUCGAAACAAACCAGAUGAAAGAUGUUUUAAGUCAACUUCCAAGUAAUGAAGAGUCGGGCUUCUUGAACAGUGCUAAAGAUGACAGGGAGAGUUGCGAUAUGGCUGCUGUGUUAAUGGACCGAUGCGUGUCUCUUGGCCUUGCUGUUCAGGCAGGCCAAGAAAAACGAGCUUGCAGAAAAACGAUAUAUCCAAAGGCUGGAACGUGCAGACAGAUAGGCGGCGUAGUGGGCGCAAGAGGCGCAGGCGGAGCAGGAGAAGCAGGUGAAGCGGGCGACACAGCUAGUCCUGGCCGCCCAGGAGGCGCAGGCAGCCACGAGGCAGGAACUAGGGGGCAGAAGGCAGGGGCCAGGAGGCAGGAACCAGGAGGCAGAAGGCAGAAUGCAGGGGCCAGGAGAAGACCCUCCUCCGGCUUCAUCUUGGAAGGCGGCUCCUCCGGCUUCAUCUUGGACGGCAGCUCCUCCGGCUUCAUCUUGGACGGCGGCUCCUCCGGCUUCAUCUUGGAAGGCGGCUCCUCCGGCUUCAUCUUGGACGGCGGCUCCUCCGGCUUCAUCUCGGACGGCGGCUCCUCCGGCUUCAUCUUGGACGGCGGCUCCUCCGGCUUCAUCUUGGACGGCGGCUCCUCCGGCUUCAUCUUGGAUGGCGGCUCCUCCGGCUUCAUCUUGGACGGCGGCUCCUCCGGCUUCUCCUCGGACGGCAGCUCCUCCGGCUUCAUCUUGGAAGGCGGCUCCUCCGGCUUCAUCUUGGACGGCAGCUCCUCCGGCUUCAUCUUGGACGGCGGCUCCUCCGGCUUCAUCUUGGACGGCGGCUCCUCCGGCUUCAUCUUGGACGGCGGCUCCUCCGGCUUCAUCUUGGACGGCAGCUCUUCCGGCUCCUGCAUAUAUACAUAA